AUGGAAUGCUCUGAGCUGCAAGAGUCGAGUGCCACCUCCUGCUUUGAGAGGCAGCAAGAAAGUCCCGGAGCAGACUUGGGUGCCAAAAAGAAAAAGAAGAAGCAGAAGCGGAAAAAGGAGAAACUAAAUUCUGGAGGCGCCAAGUCAGACUCGGCCUCUGAUUCGCAGGAGAUUAAAAUCCAGCAGACUUCAAAAAAUCCCACCCUCCCAAUGCAGAAGUUGCGGGAUAUCCAGAGAGCAAUGGAGCUGUUGUCCGCAUGCCAGGGCCCUGCCAGGAACAUUGAUGAGGCUGUCAGACACAGGCACCAGUUUUGGGACACGCAGCCGGUACCCAAAUUAAACGAAGUGAUAACCUCACACGGUGCCAUCGAAGCGGAUAAGGACCACGUGCGUCGGGAGCCGUACUCCCUGCCGCAGGGGUUCAUGUGGGACACUUUAGACCUGGGCAACGCCGAUGUGCUCAAGGAGCUGUACACGCUGUUGAAUGAGAACUACGUGGAGGACGAGGAGAGCGUGUUCCGGUUCGACUACUCGCCCGAGUUCCUGCUCUGGGCGCUGCGUCCGCCAGGCUGGCUCCUUCAGUGGCACUGUGGGGUCAGAGUGUCCUCGAACAAGAAACUAGUGGGCUUCAUCAGUGCCAUCCCGGCAAACAUUCGGAUUUACGACAGUGUGAAGAAGAUGGUGGAAAUCAACUUUCUUUGUGUUCAUAAGAAGUUGAGAUCAAAGCGGGUAGCGCCAGUGUUAAUUCGAGAAAUAACAAGAAGAGUAAACCUGGAAGGUAUUUUUCAGGCCGUUUACACCGCUGGAGUGGUUCUUCCUAAGCCGGUGGCCACAUGCAGAUACUGGCAUCGAUCGCUAAACCCCAGAAAAUUGGUAGAGGUGAAAUUUUCUCACUUGAGUAGAAAUAUGACUUUACAGAGAACAAUGAAGCUCUACAGACUUCCAGAUGCCACUAAGACUUCAGGCUUGCGGCCAAUGGAACCAAGAGACAUUAGAGCGGUUCGGGACUUGACCAACACUUACCUGAAGCAGUUUCAUCUUGCCCCGGUGAUGGAUGAAGAGGAAGUCGCUCACUGGCUCCUCCCCCAGGAGCACAUCAUUGACACGUUUGUAGUGGAGAACCCCAGUGGUAAGCUGACUGACUUCGUGAGUUUCUACACACUGCCCUCCACAGUCAUGCACCACCCUGCUCACAAGAGCCUCAAAGCCGCCUACUCCUUCUACAACGUGCACACCGAGACGCCCCUGCUGGACCUCAUGAGUGACGCGCUCAUUAUAGCCAAGCUGAAAGGAUUUGAUGUAUUCAAUGCACUAGAUUUGAUGGAAAAUAAGACCUUCUUGGAAAAACUCAAGUUUGGCGUAGGAGAUGGCAAUUUGCAGUAUUACCUGUACAAUUGGAGAUGUCCAGGAACAGAUUCUGAAAAGGUUGGACUAGUGUUACAAUAGAUGGAUAUUUCUAUUUCUAGAACUCUGACAUCAUCAUUUGUUAAUAUUCUAUUUAAUAAUUCCUGGAACUGCCAUUCCAAAGAAGAAUAAAAGCACAACUUCACCGAGAUCAAUGUCGUCGGUAACAAUCAGAAAAGAUGAAAAAACACCCAUAAUUGACCAAUAGCACAUAUUUGUAGCUAGAAUGUUAACAUUCCUUUUUUCCACUGUUUACCCACUUGUAGGAGGGAUGAAAGGGUACAAAGAGCACAUUCCUCUAAUUUCAGAUUUUUGGCUGUCUCUUGAUGAAGAGAAGGUAUUUUUCCUCUCUGUAGAAAAAGGACUGUUUUUCUGUGGACUGAACAGAAGUCACAGAAUUGUGUAAAAAAAAUCUUUCCUGUUGUGUGGAGAUAAACUGCUGCAUUUCUAUUUAUUAA